UAUAAAAAUACUUGGGUCACAGAGUGCUACUUUAUAUACUAGGUACUUGGGUUUUGGUCAAAGGUUUUGAAUUUACAACAAGGGAAAAAAAAAGAACUCAACAGUUCAACUAUGGAAAAUCAGCAGUUCUUAUUCCUUGGAAUCAAAGUGAAGCCUGGGCCAAUAGAAAGACAUAAACUUGAAAAUUUCUCCUUAGAGAAUAGUGUUUUAAAAUUGAAAAACGAGGCCGAAACAAAAGCAAAUCUUCCAGCUUCCUCUUUAGAACUAGUGCAUCAUGGAAAAAUAUUAAAGGACAAUGACACUUUAAACAACAGUGGUGUCAAAAAUGGUGAAAUGGUACAUGUUUUGAAGAAAAAGUUACCAAACCCACCCCCUCCACCUCCGACAUACACAGAUGCCCAGCUGCAGCAGCUGAACUCCGAGCUACGGACCUUAGGGUGCACACCAAAUGCACCCGGUUGGACAAGAGCUAUGCAGCUUUUAAAUGAUGAAUCUGCAAUGGCAGAGAUAAUAGAGCAAAUACCAUCGCUGGCGGAUGAUUGCAUGACUUCUUCAAUACUACAUGAAGUGGAGCUACUAGCAGCCCUGGGAGCUAAUGUACAGACCAUGAGACGGGGGGCAGAGGCCUAUCCGGACCUCCCAAAUGCCCUCCGAAUGCUAUUACGGCUUGUGAGAUCACGUUCAACCAGUGGCACCACCGAUAAUGCUCCAACUUCGGGCUUCGCCUACUCACUGGAGGCACUGUCGGAAGACGAGGAGGGGGACGAGGAAGAGGCCGAGGGGGAGGAGGGGGAGGCGCGCAACACCAUCACGCAGGAGCUGCUCGCCGCCGCGCUCAGGGCGGCGACAGAAGCGGCUAUAUCGUCGAACGUGCGCGGCUCGGAGGCGCUGCAGACCCCCGCCGCCGCCUCCCCCGCCACGCCCCUCACGCCCGCCGCACCAGGUGCAAGUAGUUCGGGCGGCGGAGCGCGCGCGGCCAUCACGCCGGAGAUGUUCAGCGAGGCCAUCAGCGCCGCGCUCAGCCAGGCGCCCGCGCCCAUGGACCAGAGCGCCAACGCGUCGUCAUCUCAGAGCCCCGCUGCCAACGAGGAGGAUUACUCCACGCAGCUCCGACACAUGCAGGAGAUGGGCCUGACCGAUGUGGCGCUCAACGUGCGCGCCCUCAUCAUAUGUGGAGGUGACGUUAAUGCUGCAAUCAAUUUAGUCUUCAGCGGGGCCAUUGGCGAUGACUCAAUAUAAUAAUUAUUACGAAUGACCUAAAUGUUAAAAAAAGCUCAAUCCUAUAAUAAUCUUUAAAAAAAUAUGUUUAGUACUUAGAAUAUAUUAAUGAAAUAUCAUUUUGUUUAAGUUUGUUUAUUAAUACUUGAAAAUUCUAAUCCAAAUAUUAAAUAUUUAAUUGCAUAAUGGCAAGUAGUGAGCACAUUGAAAAUAAAGUAUUAAACAUU